AAAAUCCGACUCAGCUGUGCAGCCGACAGACACUAAACGCCCCGACGCAUCUACGCGAUCACCAGACGAUAAAGAAUCAGAAAAACCUUUGGAAUCUGCGAAGAUGACGUCCCAACCUGCCGAACCUGCAGCGAAAGCCAUAACAGCAUCGCAGGAGGAACAGCAACGCAGCAGUGAAAGGGAAAUGGCUGGAGAGAGUUCGGUCAAAUCCUCCGAUCCACGUACACGGGGUGAUGUCGAGAAAUCCGAGACGUCAGAAGCAACGGAGGAAAACAAAACCGACGCUGAUAAACUGGAAGAAAAGGAAAUGUUAGAGAAAAGGAUGAGGAUAAUAAAGGAGGGGAUAAAACGGAAGAGGGAAAGGAAAUUUCUGGGGACAAGGACAAUGAGGACGAUAAUAAAGUGAAGGAAAUGGAAAUUCCUGAGAAAAAGAGGACAAGAAAGAUGCUAAUAAAGUACAGAUAAUAGAAAUUCUAGAGAAAGGGACUCUGGAAACGCUGAUGAAGUGGAGAAAAAAGAAGUAUCUGGAGAAAAAGAUGAUAAUAAAGACGUUGAUAACGUGAAGGAAGAAGACAAAUCUGGAGAAAGGGACACUGAUAAGCUGGAUGAAAAGGAAAUAUCUCAGGACAAAGAUGAUCCUUCUCAGCUAACAGACGGAUCCCAAGACGUGAAGGACAACUCAGAUCCUUCGGAAGACGCGAAAAGUAAGGACGAAAAUGAAGGAGACAGAGAAGAUUCCCAUAAAAUUUCGGCUGAAAGUCCAUCCCAGGAGGAAAAUAAAACCGACUCGGCUAAACUCUCGGGGACAAACGAGUCCAGCGAGGACAAAGAAAAGGAUUCUGGUGAGCUUCCCAAGAGCUCAUCUGCAGACGCGAAGAAAGACGUCCCUCCUCUUCCCCGAAUCAGCGUUCCUUCGUCGGAGUCUCAGGUAUUCACCGUGGACAUUCCCCUGUCGUUCGAGAAGGGCAUUCCGCGCCUGCAGUCGCCCAAGUUGAUGAGUGUGGAGACCGAGAACGGCGUUGAACGACGCCGGUCAUUGGUUUCCACUACGGCAGAAGAGAACUAUUUAAUCGUUCAUGGUAAGAGCCCUCCGAGGGCCACUUCACCUUCGAGUCACACUUCAGAAGCGAUCCCGAACUCACAAGGUGAUCAGUCACCGUACAGGAAUCAUUCACAAGAUGCACGGUUGAAUAACGCUUCGAAUCCUACCAAUAGGAGGGCCGAUAUUACUGAGAGGGACGUCGAGAGCCAAUCAGCACGGAACACUAAGGCUGGAGUUGACCAAUCAAUAACCGCGGAUGGGGCAGUGGGAGGCACGACUGGCGGGAAGGAUAGUGGCGGGAAAUCCACGGCGGGGAGUAGUAGUCGCUCUGUGCUGGGCGAGGGAAAGGGAGUGCAAGGGGACGCGCUCAGAACACCUCACGGAGUUAAAGCCAGUGAUGAACGUGCCGUCAGAGUGGAGUAUGACACCGUAACGAAAGGUUCUGGUUAUGAGGUGGAUCACUUGGCCGUCCCGGGCUAUGGAGAGUCGUACGCUCGCAGGAGUUUGCCCUCCGUCAGAGAGGACGUGCUCGUGGAGGCCCUAGCCGAGUCCGCGAGGUCCUACUCCGGCGAUCUCUCCAGGCCCUUGCGACGGGGAGAAUACGCCAUGCCCUUCCCUGAUAAUCCUCGAGGAACUUCGCUGUCCUCCGUGGAGGUCCCCGAGGGCAGCAUAAACACGGUGUCCCUCGCGGUGUCCAAGAAUGGGUCUCAUGUCGCCCGGCCCGUGCGUGACCACGGGGGCGCGAGUCUUUUCGAUCGCUUCAGUACAGGAGGAGGAAGCCUCUGGCAGAAAGCCCCCCAGGGAGCGCCUCUGGUGGUGAAGCCCAGCGGCGUCGUCUACUCGCGGGAGCCGAAGGAGUACGAGGACUACCUUCCGCGGGAGUCGAAGAGGCCGCCCCUUCAGCGCCGCGGGUCCCUCGGCAGGAUCGCCGUGCCGGACUACGACUACUACGACACUUACGACGAUCCGCCACGCCAGACGUGGUCGAAGCCGAAGGAAAGCCGGGGCUCGCAGACGGUGCGCGUCAAGAACGAGCAGCCGCACCACAGUAUCCUGAAGAAGAAGGCGCCGGAGGAGAAGCGAGAUACUAGGCCCUCCCACCGAGCCGAGGAGCACGCCGAUGUCGGCCCCAUCAUCAUUGCCAGCGGACUCGUGCCCAAGAACCUCGAGAGCUACACCUCCGAGUACCAGGCGGCGCUGGCGAGAAAUGGCCACAAGGGAAAUAGCAGUAACAACGGGAAUCACGGCCCGAGCGGGAACGGGAAUGGGAACGGCCAUCACCACACGAGCGGGAACGGCAACGGCAACGGCCACUACCACACGAAUGGAAACAACGGCUACGGCACGGGCGGGGGGAACCCGUACCACUCCAACGGCUCCAACAGGACGACCAACAGCCGCAGUUACCCGGUGAAGGAGCGAGACCACUUCCAGGAAAGGUACUUCGACCCCCCGCCGUCCGUCACCGCCCCCCUGAUCGCGCCCCAGCCCAAGCAGAGCGUCGGCGACGUCUUCGAUCGCCUGCACAGGAACGUGAAACCCGAACACGCCCAGAGAAAACCCGAGAUCAAGCCCAAGCCAAAACCGGCCCCUCCAGCGACCCAGAAAACGAACACCGCCAAUACGAAGCCUCCCGUCUCAUCAACAGCGAUCGUGAAGGACCCUGUUGAUCGUGCAAGCGUCGUUGGUUCGAAUUCAACGACCACGACUUCGGCAUCGAGUAAGGGAUCCAGUGGAGGCGGAGACGUGUUCACGAGGCUCUACGAGAACGCCCCGUCGAGGAAGCGCUCCGAGAAGCCCAACGAAUCCACGCGCCUCCUGGACGUGCCCGAGGGCGUCGCGGUGACGGACUCGGCGCCCAAGCCGAAGAAGACGGCGGCCAAAACGCGAACCGCCAGGCAGGGCGAGGAGAAAGGGGACGCCGUUAUCAACAUGCCCUUGCUGGCACCCGAUAUUGUGGUAGACGACAUGGGGGGUUCGAGCCCCUCCCGCGGAGGAAUGGGGGGGUCGGACGGAUACAGAGGAGGGGGAGGAGGAGGAGGAGGAGGAGAUAACACCAAGCUUCCCAUCGUGAUGCUCCAGGGAUUCUUCCGAGGCCCGGGCGAUAGGUCUCCCCAUCACAGGCGCCCGUCGAUGACCGUGAGUGAGCUGACCCUCCCGCCUGACCUUCUUGACGUGACCUCUGUCAUCCGCGGCGCCCUUCCAGUGUUGCCACGCCCUCUCGCCGCCCUCUGCCUCAUCCUCAACUUCUUCUUCCUGACUUGGUACCUGCCAAUAGGGUUUGAUAUUCAGGCACUAAAACAAUUAUCCCUGAUGAAAGCAACAACAUAA